CUUAAAGUCAUAUCUUGAAUGAAAUAUCUAAAAUUCCUCUUUUCUCUGUUCUCUCUUCCUUCUUCUUCUUUCUCUUACGAAAUUGGUAACAGAGCUUCAAGCUCUUGUUACACCAUCAUAUCUUAUUAUUCUCCAUCUUUUAGAUUUGAACACCCAAACAGCCGUACAGAAGAUACCAAGAAUAGGAAACAAAAAAUGGGUGACGAUGUUUUGCCUGUCGUAGUAAUGGUUAUGGUGCAGAUUGGCGAUGCAGGGCUGAACAUAGUAGGAAAAAUUGCAAUGGAUGCAGGCAUGAACCCUUUCGUCCACAUUGCUUAUCGCCAAAUAAUUGGCACCAUUUUCCUUGCUCCCUUUGCUUACUUCUUCGAGAGGAAAACUAGGCCUCAGUUGACAACAUCUAUACUUUUCUGGAUUUUCUUAUGUUCUUUUUCCGGGUUCAUGGUGAAUCAGAUUGCAUACUUCGUUGGUUUAAAAUAUUCCACUCCAACAAUCGCCUGUGCAUUAUCAAAUUUAAUUCCAGCUGCCACUUUUCUCCUAGCUAUCCCUUUUGGGUUGGAGAAAGUGAGGGUUAGAACUAAGGCAGGGCAAGCCAAAGUGUGGGGUACAAUUAUAUGUGUUGGUGGUGCAACGUUACUCUCCUUGUAUCAUGGACCUAUUGUAAUUGGUCAAUCUGGCAUCCAUUGGAAAUUUGCAGAAAAGACUGAGAAAAACAACUCUAGCGGCCAUCACAACUUAAUCUUGGGACCGUUUCUUGUUAUUGUUAGCACUAUUUCUUACUCAUUGUGGAUUAUUUUCCAAGCAAGAGUGAGCGAGAAGUAUGCAGCUCCAUACACAAGUACAAUGUUGAUGUGCUUAAUGGCAAGUUUUCAAUGUGUAAUCAUUGGUGUUUGUGUUGUUCAUGACAAAGCUGCUUGGUCUCUAGACCGAAUGAGAACUAUUGCCGUUCUUUACAACGGAAUCGUAUGCACUGCAUUAGGGUAUUGUCUAACUUCAUGGUGUAUACAAAGAAAAGGUCCUUUAUAUGUCUCUGUUUUCUACCCUUUGAUGCUAAUCAUUACGGCCGUUCUUAGUUGGGCUUUGCUUCGUGAGAAACUAUAUGUUGGAACAGUUGUAGGAUCGUUCUUGACAGUUGUGGGAUUCUAUGGUGUCUUAUGGGGAAAGGAUAAGGAGAAAUCGCAGUCGGAAACAGAAAGUCUUGAGAUGAAAACAGAUGAAAUUGAAACAAGAAGGAGCUAAGUGUGAUUUGGAACUGCAAUUAUCUGGACAUUCCAAUCCUAAAAUUUAUGCCAGCAAAUAGAAGCUUUUAAAAUAU